GCGUAUUUGGUGCAUGCAAAAUCUGCGGCAAAGAAGAGUUUUGCAUCUAGUACGCUUGUGCUGUUGUGCUUACGUUAUCACUAACCGUCGUGCUGGUGCUAAUUGGAGGAAGUAUUUGAUGAAGUGGGAAUUAAAAAGCAGUACAGUUGCCCGGGAAAGUACAGGGUCCCGUCUUGUCGCGAAACGUCUGGGGUUUCCAUUGCGUAAUGGUUGUGUUGCUCAGAAAGAUAAUGAACUCAACGUCCGCCGUUAGAAAGUUCCUGUGAAAAGCGACACGAAAAUCUCACUCCCAACAGUGAAGAGGAUUCUGCGACGAGAUAGUGUGGAAGAGCAAGACGGUGCGGCGAAGAAAAAUAAGAACGGUAUGCGAUGCGUUGGCAAACGAUCGUUUUUCGGGUGGUGAACGUUUUUCCACCGUGCCGCAGGUGUGCGUCAAUUUAAUCGCACUACAGAACAGCCGUGCGUUCGUGUGUGUUUGUGUGUGUGUGUGCUGCAUGUACGUGUGAUUUUUUGUAUACUCUUAGAAAAAAAAGGUACUGCCAACUCAGGGAAAACUGUACCCCUUGGAAUUGCCCUUGGAAUCGCCAAUGAAACGGUACGGCAACGUGCGCCCGGAAAAGUACCGACCCCCGGUUGUGGACGGCAGGCAAUAUGAGCAAACGUUCUAAGGGAGGAUUAAGCUGAAGGGACGAAAUCCACUCGAGCGUGCAGGCAGUAUGCAUUGAAAAGGUGUACCUUUUAUGACCCCUUCAUCGCCGUCUGUUGCUGCAGAUACCUGCACUUUCGUACCGACUGCUUCAAUUUUCGCUUGUGUGUGCAUAGUGUUAAAACUCGCGUACCAGACGACGGUCGCAGAAGGCAACAUUUGGUUCGGUAGCUAGGUAACGAAGCAGUCUUUUGAAGUGCAGGGCGGAGAAAGUCAAUACAGGGCAUUUGCAUUCCAUCAAACCGGUGCCGGAAAAUUACGGGUAAAUACGAGCAACUGGGCACUUUCAUCACAUCCUCCCGGACCAAUCUUCGUUUCCAAAAUGUCGUCGAUCGAGGAUGUUAUCAAUCACUACCAGACGAGCAUCAAUAAGUCGCUUAACGAUACGGCGCGGAUUGUCCAUUGUAUUGGGAAGUUAUACAAGCUUCCGAUAUCCGUACGGCAUCUACAGGAAACCGGCAUCGGGCGCACGGUUAACAGUCUCCGGAAGUACGACGGUGAGGUGGGGGUGGCGGCCAAGGCACUGGUGACCAAGUGGAAGGCAAUGGUGGCAGCGGAAGAAUCGGACGACGGUGCGACCGGAUCCGGUCAGCAGCACGGGCCGACCGAUACGGGUACAAGACACAACGGUGAUCGAUCUAAUCGCAGUGACAUGAGUGACGACGAGGAAGAUGGCGCGGAUGGCGACGGUGAUGGUGGCGGUCAUGAUAACACGAUGGCGGACGAGGACGACGUUCACGAUUACGAUGUGACCAACGGGUCGAACGGAGCGGAAGAAGAUGAAACCUACGGUGAAUCUCAGUCACGUGACGGGCAUCGGGAUGGACAAAGUAACAGUGAGAGCGCGAACGAAUCGGACGACCAAACCAAUCGUCACCAUCAAGACAAUCAUCAUCAAAAUCAUCAUCAUCAUCAUCACAGUAAAUCGUCAGAGGUUAAGGCGAGUUCCGGUCACCGAAACGAACAUCACAGUAGGUCUUCGGGAAUCAAGGAUCACCAAUCUAGUGGUAGUAGUAACCAUCACAAUCAUCACAGCUCCACAUCAAAGCAAUCCAGUAGCACUUCUAGUGGGAGCGGUAGUCACAAACAUGCGAGCGUAAGCAAGUCAGAUAGUGAUCACCGACGGCAUACGUCGAGCGGGGACUCGAAAUCUCACAAAUCGUCAUCCUCACGCGGCGACGGAUCGUCUAGAAGUUCAUCCUCCCAGGGCGAACGACACAGGGAGCGGAGUUUCUCAAAGCAUCACACUAACAGCAGCGGAACGAAGGAAACCACCGCGGGAGGAGGCAGUAGUGGGAGUAGUCACAGUCAUAGUAACAGUAGUAGCACACGAAAAGAAUCUAGUCAUAAAGAUAACAGGCAUCAUCGUUCCAAGGAUGGGGAAAAGAGUACUGGAAGUUCUAAGCGGCACGCUCAGGAGGGUGAAGACGGCGGAGAGUUGAUGACAUCGUCGUCGUCCAAACGAUCUCGUAAGGAGCAUAGAACUGAGCAGGGUAGUUCUACCUCAGCCGAGUCACCGUCAUCAUCACACUCGAAAAGGUCAUCGAAAAUAACCUCCUCCACAUCGUCCGCGUCGUCUUCGUCGAAGCAUCGUGAUCGGCACGAAAAAUCUGACGAAAGGCACUCGGAGAAGGCUGGCGGUUCGUCGAAACCGAAGCGUAAAGAAAAAGUCCCCUGCAGCAGCCAAGAGGAAGGCAACGAAGAAUCGGAUCCCGAGGAUGUUGCCGAUGGGCUGGACGGAUCGGGUGGUGCCAGUUUUGCUGAUGCCCUUGCCAUGAUCGGGUUUCCGGGGUCGAAAAAGAAAUCAUCCGGUAGCAGCAAGGAAAAGGAAAAAGUAACCAUCACUAAGCGCUCGCCGUCUUCUACCUCGUCGUCGUCCGGUGGCCACUCAUCGAGGGCGAAACUGGGUGGUGGUCCGUCGUCCAUCGGUUCCUCAUCGAGCAGAAGGGAGGGGGUUAGCACUAUACCUUCGGCUUCGGAGCUUCUGUCGCAAAAGAUUAAACUCGAGCCGCUUCCGGAGGCAUCGGAAAUUGUAGAAGCGUUGCCGAUGAUAUCCCCAAACUAUCGUCCGAUGCCACUCAAUCAAACUGUGAUGGAUUGUGUGUUUAUGGGUGGUCGGGGUAGUGGUGGUGGUGCCGGCGGCCAACGGCGACCACUCACGGAAGAGGAAGCGCUCGGGCAAAGCAUGCAGUCGAAGAACUUGCGCACGAAGGUGUACUCGGGUAUGAAAACGAACGCGAAGGGUGUCAUCCCGACGCUGUACGAGCUGUGCAUUCGGUUGCUGCAGGACCAUCUGGACGAGAUCGGUGCGACCGGUGGCAUUCCGUUCUACAUCCUAAAACCAGUGCUUGAGAGAGCUAACCCGAAUCAGCUGCUCCAUCUGGAGCACUUCAAUCCCCACUUCGUCGAGGAUAGCGAUGUUCUUUGGGAGCAGCACUGCAAGCGGACGUUCCGUGCGAAGCAACGGAACGAGGAGGAGCUCGAAACGUGGCGUGAGAUGUUCCUACGUUGCUCCGAGGAACGCGACGCGAAGCUAAAGAGCCUUACGCAAAACAUAAAGCUCGCACAGGAGCAAGCGGCAGCUCCCAUACGCAAAACGCAGCUGGCGUACGUCGAUUCCGCCGUGAAGCCACCACGAAGCGUCAUCAACAAGCAGGCCCGAUACGGUACCGCACGAGCUCCGGUUGUUUCACCAGCGGCACGUGUGGCCGCUCUUGCACAGGGAGGCAAUGUGGCGCAGGUGGGCGAUACACGUCUCCGCGUGACCCCCGGCGCACGUGAUAAUGCUCAAGCUCAGGUUUUCCAACCAACGAAACCACGCAAGGCACCAAUGAUGGCAAAGGUGCUCUCGUCCAUGAAGGGCUUUAAGACCAGCUUCCGGCGCUAGAACACGAGAGUGUGUUUCUGAAAUUGGUUUGAUUCAACUGGUCAACCCAGAAACGCUGUAUUGCACAUAAGGGAACAUAUUAGUAGUGAGAGUUAGGUAAUAGUUUUAUGGACACGUGUACACUGGUUGACGAGGAUGAGGAACAGAUAAUACGAAAAGUCGAUGAUUUUAAUGUAUGUUUUAAAUUAUACUCGAUUUUUGUUCAAAGCCCCGUUUGAUUAAGUUUUGCUCCUAUUUAGUUAUUAUUUUACCUUUUACAAUUUUCUCAGUGUCUGGUACGUUUCCCGUACGUUCGCAGUUUGUGUCUUUCAACAGCUCUUUAU